AUGGCGACGCCGCCCGUCGGCUCGCCUGUGACUCCCUCGGCACCGCCGCUCACCCGGGGCUCACUCGGCUCCGCGCCGACCGCCAAGCGCCGCCACCGAAGCGUCGUAAAAGGCGCCCCUGCGCGGCGCAUGCGCGCGCGGCCCAGAGGGCGGGGCCGGGAGGGAUUGACGUGGACCUGCGCCAGCAGAGCUGGACGCUGGCGCAGGGCUGGCGGUAAGGCUGGAAAGGACUCCGGAGAAGCCAAGACAAAGGUGGUUUCCCGCUCGCAGCGAGGCGGCUUGCAGUUCCCUGGGGGCCGUAUUCAUCGACACGUGAAAUCUAGGACAACCAGUCACGGACGUGUGGGCGCGACCGCCGCUGUGUACAGCGCAGCCAUCCUGGCGUACCUCACCGCAGAGCUUGCUAUACGUGGAGAUGAAGAAUUGGAUUCCCUGAUCAAGGCUACAAUUGCUGGUGGUGGUGUCACCCCACACAUCUACAAAUCACUGAUUGGGAAGAAAGGACAACAGAAGACUAAGGAUACCGCUAAGGAGAUCGGCUGA